UUUUAAAAUUUCUCUAUUUAUUAUCGGAAGUAAAAAAACAACGGUCUUAAUUUAGUUAUUAUAGUUCUAAAAAUGAAACAAGAAAAAGAAGAAAAAAAUUAAUUUUUUUUAUACUAUUAUUAUUCUGAGCUGUUGCAGGUUUCAGCAAUGAGUGUUGAAAAAUUAAGCUUUACAACAAUAAAUUAACGAGAUUUCCAAAAGGGUAUCCGAAAAAUGUCUUUUCAUCUGCAUUCCUUUUGAUUUGAGCUUAACAACAAUGGCCGAUGAUCAUUCUUCCUUCACUAAGGAUGUUUUGCUUGUGAAGGGUUUGAAGAAUACAACGUUGGUUUGGAGGUUGGUUGUGUUGGCUUUUGCAAUGGUUUGUGGUGUGUAUAUAUGUUCUAUUUGUUUGAAGCAAAUAAGCACUGGCACUAAAAUUGGUUUUCUAGAUAUCAAUGUUGUUCAAAAGCCUUGUCCCGAACCGAAUAUCGAACCUUGGGAGAUUCCUUAUGUGCACUAUCCAAAUCCCAAAACUUACAGCAGGGAGGAGUGUAGUUGUCACCCGGUGCGCUAUUUUACUAUACUGUCGAUGCAGAGAUCUGGGAGUGGAUGGUUUGAGACGUUUUUGAAUAGUCAUCCUAACAUAAGUUCGAAUGGGGAAAUCUUUUCGGUUAAGGUUAGAAGGAGUAAUAUGACGACAAUAACAGAGACGUUGGAUACGAUUUAUAAUCUAGACUGGUUUAGUAGUGCUUCUAAAAACGAGUGCACGACUGCAGUUGGCUUGAAGUGGAUGCUUAACCAGGGAUUGGUGCAGCAUCAUGAACAAAUUGCCGAGUACUUCAGAAUACACGGUGUUUCAGUCAUAUUUCUUUUCAGAAGGAACCUUUUGCGCCGGAUGAUUUCAGUACUUGCAAACGAAUACGAUAAGAAUGCUAAGAUAUUAAACGGCACUCACAAGUCUCACGUUCAUUCACCCAAGGAGGCAGAAAUACUCGCAAAAUACAAACCAACACUCAAUUCAACAUUGCUGAUUGCAAGCCUGAAACAAGUGAAUGAUACCACCACCAAGGCUUUAGAAUAUUUCAAGAGCACGCGACACAUUAUGCUAUACUACGAAGACGUUGUCAAGAAUCGCACCAAAUUAAUGGACGUUCUAGAAUUUCUAAAGGUUCCUCAAAUGAAUUUGAAGAGUCGACAAGUUAAGAUUCAUAAAGGUUCCUUAUCGAGUCAAGUUGAAAACUGGGAUGAUGUUAGCAAAGCACUCACCGGUACGCAAUAUGAGAGUUUCCUCCAUGAGGAUUACCGCAGGUAAACUUACGGGUAUGUACAUACCGUUAGCAUUCUUCUAAUCUUUGCUCUCGAGUAGCCACAAGAGCCGACAGGAAAGCCACCCUGUUGAAAUUUUUGCCAGGUUUCCCCACCGUCACAUUUUUGUACUCAGUUUUGUUGUUGUUAAUUUGUCUGCCGAUUUAAUUAAAUAUUUAAUUCAUUCUUUUGUAAUUUUUCUGUUUUUUUGCUGAACACUUGCAUUGACGCAAUCAAGAGAAUUUGCAAUUUCAAUUUAACAACUUUUAUUUUGACCA